AUGUCACAACGCAGCAGUGCGUUCCCCGUGGCUGGAUUGCUUGGGCGAUUUUCCGGGAACAAAGAGUAUGGGCCUCCGGAGCCACCGCAAGAGCGAGGAUUUCAGCGUAUAUCUGGCCGGAAACUGCCAUCCGCUUUCAGUCCGGGCAUGAGCUCAGAGGAUCCGUUCGACGACGACAAUGCGACUAACGACACGUACUCCGGAUCGUUCUAUCGCGACAGCCAAGGCUUUUAUGGUGGCCACGGAAGUCACACGCCACCAAUGUCUCCAGCUGCAGCCGCAGCCCUUUCUGGAGCUGGACUAGGUGCUGUCGCCGAGGGCUCUGAGUCGCGGCGCCCUGGCACCGGUAAAAACACGGUCGAGACACUACGGCCCAGCCCAGCGCGCACGCCAAUAGUGCACCAGGGUCCUAUGGGACAGCAUACCUCGAUGCUGUGGGGACCCACUGAAAGUCUAAGCCCAGAUUCGCCCGUCAGGCCUUCAAGCCGUGGCACACUGGGGCGAAGCCACCCGUCGCACGACGGCUCACGUGGUUCACGGUUCACGGAAGAUGUUUAA